UUCGUGCUCUCCCGGUGGAAUUAGGUGCAAAUUGUGUGCAGCGAUGGACUCGGCGAUGGAUAUCAACGCCUUCGAGGGGCGCAUCGUGAAGAUGGAGGUGGAUUACAGCGCGACUUGCGACGAGAAAAUCCCGGUGGCCAAAGAACUGGCCAAGGAUGAAAGCAAGUUCAACGAGGCGCUGGAAAUCCUGCUCCAGCUGGAAAAGCAGACCCGCGUUGGGGCCGACAUGGUCUCCAGUGCCCGCGUCCUCAUCGCCAUCGUCCAGAUUUGCUUCGAGGCACGCAACUGGAACUACCUGAACGAGUACGUGACGGUGCUGGUGAAGCGGCGCUCGCAGUCCAAACAGGCCGUGGCCAAGAUGAUCCAGGAGUGCUGCACCUACGUGGACAAAACGCCCGACAAGGAAACCAAGCUGAAGCUGAUCGACACGCUGCGGACCGUGACGGAGGGCAAGAUUUACGUGGAGGUGGAGCGGGCUCGCUUGACCAAGAUGCUGGCCGACAUCAAGGAGGCGGACGGGGACGUUACGGGGGCCGCGUCGAUCAUGGAAGAGCUGCAGGUCGAGACGUACGGCACGAUGGACAAGCGGGAGAAGGUGGAGCUGAUCCUCGAGCAGAUGCGACUCUGCCUCGCCAAACAGGACUUUGUCCGAACGCAGAUCAUCGCGAAGAAGAUCAGCAUCAAGUUCUUCAACGACGCGGAGCAACAGGAUCUGAAGUUGAAGUACUACGACCUGAUGAUCCGACUGGACAAAGACUCCUCCUUCAUCAAAACAUCACGCCACUAUCUGGCCGUGGUGGACUCGGAGCUGAUUGCACAGGAAGCCGAACGGCGGCAGAAAAUGAUGAUUUACGCUGUGCUGUACUGCAUCCUUGCACCGUACGACAACGAACAGGUCGAUAUGAUGCACAAUCUCUCCAAGAACAAGCUGCUUGAGGAACUGCCCGUCUACAAAGAACUGCUGCGGCUCUUCAUGUGCAAGGAACUGAUCAACUUCGAUGCACUCUGCACCGUGUACGGGGCCGAGUUGAAUACAUUCGACAUUUUCAACCAGGAGACGAGCCACGGCAAGAAGUGUUGGACCGAGCUGAAGAAUCGCCUCAUCGAGCAUAAUGUUCGCAUCAUCUCGAACUACUACACGCGCAUUAAUCUAAAGCGAAUGGCCGAGCUACUCGAUCUCAGUGGUGCCGAGUGCGAGGAGUACUUGUCCCGCAUGGUAAAUGCUGGCACACUGCGCGUAAAAACCGACCGACCGGCAGGUAUCAUCCACUUUGCCCAGAAAAAAUCCGCCGCAGAAACGCUGAACGAUUGGGCCUUCGGUUUGAACGAGCUGAUGAACUUGGUCAACAAAACCUGCCACCUGAUCAACAAGGAGGAGUGCAUCAACAACGUAAUGCCCGUUCCUGGUGGUGCUGUGGCCAGUUCCACGUGAGCGCCGUUUUGAACCGAUACGACUGAGACUGUCACUCGACGGUGUACGGAAGAGUGUUUCCCGCUUCCUUUCCGGGGUCAUUGCUAACAGUAUGAGUUAAAAAUAAAUUGAAGAGGAAAA